AUGACUGCUAAAGUUAGAAAGCCUGCACCUAACUUCACUGCUAACGCUGUUGUUGACGGACAAUUCAAGGAAGUUUCUCUUAGCGACUAUACUGGUCAAUCGGAUUUUACAUUAGUUUGUCCGACUGAGAUUAUUGCUUUUUCUGAUCGUGUUGAUGAGUUUAAAAAGUUGAAUACAGCAGUUUUGGCUGCUUCUUGUGACAGUCAAUUCCAUGGAUCAACACUCCAAGAAACAAAGUCUAUCACUAAAUCGUAUGGAAUUCUGGUCGAAGAAGAAGGACUUCCCCUUCGAGGUUUGUUUAUUAUAGAUGAUAAAGGCAUUAUCCGCCAAAUAACUAUCAACGAUCUUACCGUGGGACGAAACAUUGAUGAAAUUCUAAGACUUGUUGAAGCUUUUCAAUUCACUGAUAAACAUGGUGAAGUCUGUCCAAUCGGUUGGAAAAAGGGCGAUAAGGCUAUCGAUGUAAAGAAAGGGCAAGACUACUUCUCCGAAACUUACAAAGAUUGA